GGGACUUCCGGGGUUGGGGCCCCCGUCCCCCCGCCCAGGGCCGCGUCGCCCUGGCUCGGAGGCGGGUAGGCGGGUAACGUAUCCCCAGGUUCCAGGGACUAAGAUGUGGAUGUGGGCGUGGGGAGAGAGGCAUUCUGCCUACCACAAAAGUGUCCUGAGGUGGACCCAAAAUCCCGCAUAACAAGGCCCUGGCCAUGCCCAGCCUCAGAGCUCAGCCCACGGAAGCAGACAUGGAGCUGACAGGACUGGGGCCCUGCCCUGGAACCCCUGCUUCCCAGGCCUGUGUGAGUGACGUGCCUGCUGCCGCCUACCCUGGAUCUGCAUUCCUUGGUUCCCUCUGCAGCCACGAUGCUGUGCCAGGAGCCAUCCACCCUCACCAUCAGCAUCCAGAUUAUGACACCAGGACUGAGGACACAGGGUUCCUUCAGAAGGAAGAAGUUCCUAUGGAUUUGGAAUCACAGACAGAAAUGGAAAAUUAUACUGGCGAUGCUUCCCAGACUUCCAAGCUUGGAGAACUCUGUUGUGACAUCUUAGAAAGAGACUGGGGAAUGCCUGAAGGCAAAAGACUGGUGAAAUCCCUCUGUCGUGAGGGGGAAUUCAUACCAGGAACAGUGUUCUUCAAGGAAACUCCUGCAGGAGAGAAAGGUUUGGACUGUAAUGGUUUUGAGAGAAGCUUCCGACUGAGCCCCAAUCUGAUGACAUAUCAGAGAAUUCCUACAGAAGAGAGGCCACAUAUGUAUGAUACGUGCAGCCAAAACUUUCCAUUGUAUAAUAUUGACCUCACUAGCCAUGAGGGAGUUCACAUAGGUGAAAGCCCAUUUAUCUGUAAUGAGUGCGGAAAAACCUUCAGAAGAAGCCCUGAUCUUCAGCAUCAGAUAACCCACACUGGAGAGAAGUCACUUACAUGUAAUGAAUGUGGAAAACCCCUCAGCCAGGACUCAGUUCUUAAAAAUCAUCGAAGAUCUCAUGUGAGUAAGAAACCCUACCAGUGCAGUGAAUGCGGGAAAGCCUUCAUUGUGCAUUCAAACCUUAUUAGACAUCAGAUGAACCAUAGUGGAGAGAAGCCUUAUGUAUGUAAUGAAUGUGGAAAAGCCUUCUGCCAGAACUCAAGUCUUAAAAAGCAUCAAAAGUCUCACAUGAUUGAGAAACCCUAUGAUUGCAAUGAAUGUGGGAAGGCAUUUAGGCGGAGCUCAAACCUUAUACAACAUCAAAGAAUUCAUUCUGGAGAGAAACCAUAUGUGUGCAAUGAAUGUGGAAAGGCCUUCAGGCGGAGCUCAAACCUCAUUAAACACCACAGGAUUCACACAGGUGAAAAGCCUUUUGAAUGUAACGAAUGUGGAAAAGCCUUUAGCCAGAGCGCGCAUCUGCGUAAGCACCACAGAGUUCACACUGGAGAAAAACCUUAUGAAUGUAAUGAUUGUGGCAAACCAUUCAGUCGUGUCUCAAACCUCAUUAAGCAUCACAGGGUUCACACUGGAGAGAAACCUUAUAAAUGCAGUGACUGUGGGAAAGCAUUUAGUCAGAGUUCAAGCCUUAUUCAGCAUCAGAGAAUUCACACCGGAGAAAAGCCUCAUGUGUGUAAUGUGUGUGGAAAAGCGUUUAGUUACAGUUCAGUGCUCAGAAAGCACCAGAUAAUCCACACCGGAGAGAAGCCAUACGAGUGUAGCGUCUGUGGGAAGGCCUUCAGCCACAGCUCGGCCCUCAUUCAGCACCAGGGGGUGCACACAGGCGACAAGCCAUACGAGUGCCGCGAAUGUGGAAAAACCUUUGGUCGCAGCUCCAACCUUAUUCUACACCAGCGAGUUCACACUGGAGAGAAACCCUAUGAGUGUACUGAAUGUGGAAAAACCUUUAGCCAGAGUUCAACCCUAAUUCAGCAUCAGAGAAUUCAUAAUGGGUUAAAACCCCAUGAAUGUAACCAAUGUGGUAAAGCCUUCAACCGAAGCUCAAAUCUCAUUCACCAUCAGAAAGUUCAUACUGGAGAGAAACCUUACACAUGCAUUGAAUGUGGGAAGGGCUUCAGCCAGAGUUCACAUCUUAUUCAGCAUCAGAUAAUCCACACUGGUGAGAGGCCCUAUAAAUGCAGUGAGUGUGGAAAAUCCUUCAGUCAGCGCUCCGUCCUUAUCCAGCACCAGAGGAUUCACACAGGAGUGAAGCCCUAUGACUGCACAACUUGUGGGAAAGCCUUCAGCCAACGGUCAAAGCUGAUUAAACACCAGUUGAUUCACACCAGGGAAUAGCAUGUUGGACCACUGAGAAUGAAAUUGUAGUGUGGUUUCCUGUCCAGCUCCUCUCUGGUGGAUGUCUCAGCCUUACCCACUUCUCAGACUUGAAACCCGGAGUCACUCACUACUCCUCCAUCCUCAUGCCAACCAUCCUAAAAGCCCAGGACCCUCCUUUGAAACUUUCUUUACAAGCUCCCACCACUUGUAUUACCACUGUCAUUGAUCAGUGUUUCAUGUGACCUCUAAUUUUUUUUUUUUUUUUUUCUUUUUUAGACAAUUUGUGAGGAGACUGCCACAUUUCUUAGGGGAAAAGGCUUAUGAAGGCUGAGUAUUUGAGGAAUAGAGUGUAUUCUGUAAUCAAAAUUUACCAAAAAAGUAAAUGGACAUUUGCUUUUGUUUGGUAAUUAAUUAUUAGUAAGUCCUUUGUAAAUGGCUGUAAUUAAUAUUCUGUUUACAUAAAAUGAAGUCAAAAAGUUUUUUGGGUUUCUUUGCUCUGUCACUCUCCCCCAAAGAUGGCUCAUACUUGUAACCACCAGAUUCCUUGGGCUUUUUCUGGUCUUUCUCAUUCCAUAAUUUGGACCUGAGACUCCCUCACUGUUGGAGAGAAGGGGGUUCUUGCCCUAGCAUUAAGGGGGUGACUGAACACACAACUCCCUACACUGGGCAUAUGAGAUUAACAACAGUUUAUUAGUCACAUGUACUCGAGCAGAGUGAACAGCCAGGGGCUGUGGAAGGCAGGCUUUAUGGUAA